UAAGGUUGGCAGCAGCUGAUUGAAGUGUUUUUGGGUUGUGCCCGUUCCCAUUGUUUUGGUGUGCGACUUUCGCGUUUUUCAGGUCACCAGAUCCCCCAUUUUCGAUUGGGGCGUCGCUUGUGGGGUGCAAAUUUGUCAGGAAGAGCGCUGCUGCGUCGGAAGGAACAGUGGGAUUCGUUCCGAUUCGAGGCGUCAAGGCCCAGUGGCCGACUUGGACAGCAUGCCUCUAGCGCACACUGUCUGCGCCGCCGACCAACCCUGAACCCUGCCCGUCCACAGCUACUUUUCGCACAGGAUGGAGCUGAAGGUGUGGGUCGAAGGCAUCCAGAGGAUCAUCUGUGGGGUGACCGAAAACACGAGCUGCCAGGACAUUGUUUACGCGCUGGCCCAUGCCACGGGCCAAACGGGCCGUUUCACCCUGAUUGAACGUUGGAGGAACAACGAGAGGCUGCUUGCGCCCAACGAACAUCCCCUGAAGAUUUUAAACAAGUGGGGAGAAUACUCAAACGAUGUGCAGUUUGUGCUUCAACGCACCUCGGCUCCAAGUUCCUCCGACCAGAGUCCAUCCAAGUUGGGUGGCUCGCCCUCAACAACGGUCCAUUUGCCGAAAGACGGGUCGGAGCCGUCGAGAAACAUAAAAAAGUCGUUAACAAUAAGCGCGGGCACUGGCUACCAAAAUCACAGAAUUGGAGUGGUGCAAGGGGUGCCGCACAGACAGCAAAUCCAGCAACCACCCCAUCCUAGUCCCGACUCAUCGUCGUCAGAUUUGAGACCUACCAGUCAGGCACAGUCUCCACCGCCGUAUAGAGAACCACCAAAGCCGGCGCUUCCUCCGUACCGGGCGCCGCCUCACCCGGCCGCCUCGCCACGCAGCACGCCAGAUCCCUUCACGGAAAACAGCUUCGACAGAGUUCAUGGCGUUUACAAAGCUGGCGGUGGCGCCAAGAGUCCAUCUCCCAGCCCCGUGUCUCCAUCAGCUGCAAACGAUUUGAGUCAAAGUAAAUUGUCCAGGAAGAGUGUCCAGAUGGACGACGUCAGUGAGGGUUUCGGCGGCAGUGAACCUAACGCGAGUGUUUUUUUAACGCCGCAAUAUAAGGAACUUUUGAGACUGGUUAAUCAGCAGAGAGAGAAGCUUGGUUCUCUUCAAGCAGACUUGACAAAGUACGACGCUGAAAUUACGUUUUGGGAGUGUAAGAGUCGAGAGCAGCAGCAUAAGGUAGAAUAUUGCAUGCAAGAGAGUUUGAGACUACAAGAAACAAGCAAACUGUACGAAGAUCAGCUCAUUGCCCUGAAGAAUAUUGAAGACGAGAAAGAGUUAUCUAAGCAACAGGGCAAGAAUUUAAAGACGGAAAUAACCUUUUUAAGGUCCAAACUGUCAAAAUGUGAGACAGAACUACACCAGUGCCGAAAUAAAAUCAGACACUUGAUGGAUGAAAUGCAAUUGGAGCAGGAUAGUUGUGAUGAAAAGGCCAACAACCAUCGAGAGCUGCUGUCCCAGUUGGAGAAACUUCAGAAGCAAGUGGAGGAAGCUAAAGCAGUCACUGCCAAAGACAUAGAGUCCGGCAGAAAACUAGAUGAUGAGGUUGUCUCUUUGGAAACAGUCAUCAAGGAGAAGAAGAACCAACUAGAAAUUCUGGUACAGGACAUGAAAGACGCCAAUCUGCACAGUCUAUCAAUUGCUCCUGCUUCGGACGAAGGGCAGCGUUCUUAUCUCUUGGAUGGCACCCAUAGAAGUUCCAGAAAAAUGAUUGGCUCGCCGAGACAGCUGGAGAACGCCGUGCCAACAAGCAAGAACCCUCACGGCAUCUGGGUUUAGAAACUGUUGACACGUUUAUCAAUAUUUUAACCCAACUGAUCACCUAAUCACUCUGCCCAUCAGAUUGUUCACCAUUUUUAUCUGCUGAAACAAGUUAAUACUCUCUCUAUGUAUGUGCAAAUUGUAGUACCAAAAAUGCAAUAAUGUCCUCUAAAGCUUCUAAAGCGAAUUGGGGAAAGACGCUCUUCAAAAUCUUUAUGCAUUUUAUUGGAACCUUCGGCACAAAAUGACUUUUUACUACUUUUGGGUGAUCAUCUUUUUGUAAAAAUCUCAUACUGCCAAAGAUUGAUUGAACUAACGAUACACAUUAUGAUGAAAUUCUGCACUUUGUUGUACAAUUUGACACUCCUUGCUAAUCCCCAUUAUUAUUGUAGUUAUUAUCUCUUAUUUAUUUCAACUGCUAUUAGCUUACAGAUAAAAUACAUAUAUGUUACACGUAUGACAAUAUCACCAAGAGAUGUGAUCAAAUCAAAAUAAGUUAAAACCACAAUGCCCAUAUUGCGUCGACAAUUUUUGUGCUCGUUAACUAGAUCUUUGAGCGUUUGAUUUGACAAUAUUUUCAAACAAUCUCAUUUGCUCACUAUAUUUUUCUCUUUAAAAAGUGACUCGUUUUUUGCGUCACGUCAAAAUUCGUGUACUUUUUGUGGGCCGAUAUUGCAUCUAAUCAGUAUUGUAGAGUUGGUACUUUUGUGCAUUGACGAAUUUGAUCUGUAAUAGAUAGAUGUGAGUUAUUUAAUGGUGAUGUAUGUGAGCACUGCAUCACGUCAUAGCAUAAAUAGUAUCAGAGUUGCUUCUGAAUAUAUUGCAAAAUAUAGUGAAUUUUAGAAUAAAAAGCAAAAAUGUA